AUGUCCGAAGGAGGGGAAGGAGGGGAUGAUGGAGACACGAGGAUGAAUGGUAUGGAAGAUUCUCAAGAAAUUUGUAGUCACACUGCUGCAAAAGGGCUACCGAUCUCGGAAAUUUCUUCGGUUGUUGUGGAAGAAUCCUUUAAAGAUUCUGAGCAGAAGUUCUUACAAGGCUAUGUUUGGGAUGGAGUCAAUUCUUUGGGCUCUUCUCCAGCAAUAGAAUCGAGUUUGUUCGCCGCACCUUUCAGAAACGCCCCUUCUUUGUCAGAAGACGUCAACACUGCCUUUGUUUUGAAGCAAUACAACCACCUUUUCAAAAUCGUAACUCCGAUUAAGGUAGACAAAAUGGAGACUCUUCUCGUCAACCAUCCUAACCGUCCAUUUGUUUUAUCAGCCCUGAAAGGUCUACGAGAGGGUUUCUGGCCAAAUUCAUCAAUUCCCUCUUCAACAGUUGUCGACGGUCCAAACCACGUCACGUGUGGAUCUAAUCAGACCCUCCUUGAAGAACAAUGUCAAGAGGAAAUCGAUAAAGGUAGAUACUCAGAGGAAUUCACAACUUUGCUCUUAGGAAUGAAAGUUAUCCCUCUCUUAAUGGUAUCAAAGAAGGAUUCUACUAAAAUGCGGGUUUGCUCAAAUAUGAGCGCCGGCCGGCCAUCCCCAAAUGAUCUGAUUGAUAAAGAUUCUAUUCCAGUUGCUUACGACUCUUUACGGAAUUUCAUACCUUAUUUAAUUCAAAUGAAAGAGAAGGAAGGCGACGUUAUAUUGUUCAAAUCAGAUAUUGAAGGAGCCUUUGAAUUAUUCCGCUUCAUUUUCAGUCACUCUAUUCCCCUUCCUCAAGCAAAGCUUUUGAAUCUAUCCGAUAUUUUGGGUUUUCCAUGGGUUUGGAAGAAACAAAUCUUUGGCUCAAGCUUAGAAAUUAUUGGCCAUUUAGUCGACUCCGAAAAAAUGACAAUUCAACUUCAUCCCGACAAGAAGACUCAUAUCAUUGAAACUCUGAAGCAUUUUGUUUCUGGUCCCCAGCAUUCCUUGAACAAUUGGCAAAAACUGUUAGGACAUGCUUCCUGGGCUUGCACGUCAAUGCCGUGGGGAAGGUAUGCUCUGCAAAGUCUAUACAAGAAAUCCGGAAAUAAGUCUCACCGUUUUUUACAGAUUCCUUUAAACAAAGAGAAUCAAAAUGACUUACGUUGGUUAAUCAAGUUUUUUAGUGAAAGUAGCGGUAUUAUGGUAUUAGAGUCGCUCAAAUGGGGUUUGAAUGAAGCAGAUGGCGAGUUUUUUACCGAUGCAUGUAUGACGGGUGUUGGUAUUUGGGAACCAAGUUCCAGGAAAGGCAACUACUUCAUUUUACCUCCUCCUCCUCGUAACAUUUACUGGGCCGAGUUAUUAGGUGUUAUCUCAGCUAUAGGUUUAGGAAUUCGUCAAGGUUUUAAACGGAUUUUUGUUCACUCCGAUAACCGCAAUGUGGUCGAUCUAUUCAGCUCUCAUGCACCAAAUAAGAUAGUAAGACCUUUAUUUUGUCAUUGUGUUAUGCAACUGGUAGAAGCGGGGGCAGAUGUAAAGGUUGUUCAUGUCUCGGCUGAUUUUAAUUCGGCCGCUGCUGCCCUGUCUCAACAGAAGUUAAUCUUAACGCCUGAAAAGUCUGAGGUCCUCUGUCAUGCAAUUGAUGCGACAGAGAUUUCGUAUUUAAAAAUUGAUCCUUUUCUUUUGUCUGGAGUUCAGGAAGUGAAUCUAACAACUUUCGAUUCGUCUUCAAGGAUAUGGCUAAAUCCAAAUCUUCCUGUUCGAGACAACAAAAGCCAAUGUUGA